AAAAAAAACUUAUAAUGAACACGGAUGACUUAUACUCAGGAGGUGCAGCGCUCGACUCCCAGCUCGAGCCCUACAGCGACAUCACCCAUUACAACCCAGCAUCAGCCACAGAAAACAACGCAAUGGAUACCCACCAACUCUCCGACAAUCAAGCACAGGAAGACGAAGAGGAUAGCGACUCUAUUGAAGAACAAGAAGACGAAGAUGACCUUUCUAUUCUUAUGCGUUCCUGGAUAAACGAGCGAAACUCGCCUGAGCUGCUUGAAUACGAGGGUUCGGCCCUUGAGAAUUUAAUGGAGCUGGUUGAUUUCCAAACGCAGAAAAUGCAAACACAGCAGGUGCCGUUUAUGAGCAAUAUACUCAAGAUGGAUGUGGAUCGGAUCAAGUAUCUUGUUAGGUCAUAUUUGAGGACGAGGUUGGGGAAAAUCGAGGACCAUGUCAAGUAUUAUUUAGAUAACCAGGUUUAUAGGGAACGCAUGUCGCAGAGUGAACUUGAUUACGCAAAAGGGUAAAUGAAAAAAAAACCAAAUAGAUGGAAGGGGUUUAUUAUAUGUGUGUAUGUAUGAAGAGAAAAAAAGAGAUAGAUAUUAAAAAAAUUGUUAAUUUUGUAUUUAGGUUUGCCAAGUUGGAGGUUAAU